AUGCCCGUCCAGACAGAUGACACCAGGAAGGGCAACACUGAAGGAAGUCGCAAACGUCGUCAAAGAGCAUGCAAAGUGUGUUCGCUACUCAAAGAGAAGGUAACGGGUGGAGACACGUCCUUCCAGUGCAGUACAUGCGUACUCACGACAACAGACAAAAGGAGUGGCGAAGCUAAAACGUCGCCAGUGUAUCUGUGCAACAAAGUCAAACACUCGUACGAUGGGGAGGCGCGUACGUGCUUUGAGAUCUGGCACAAGUGCUGGCGGAACGGCACGCACAAGCCCAGCCGUGGUAAGCGCAAAAUCCGUGUGCGGGCAGCGGAGGAAGACGAGUGGAAUGCUGAGGGAGAGGAGGAGGAGACGGCAGACGACGAAGGGUCCCCAAACCCACCGCAGAGAGCACGUCGUAAUUGA